AUGGCGAUAGCGCCGACUGAUGACAUCGAGUUCCUCUGGAAGUGGCGCAAGUACCUGCUGCUGCUCGCCACGCUGGUCGCCAGCGUCACCUACGGCGCCGGCCUCAACCCGCCCGGCGGCGUGUGGUCUCAGGACCACGAUGGAGGCAACACCCCAGAGCACGGCGCCAGCGCCGUCCACCCGCCGGCGCCCCCGUCCCUUGCGGUCGACCUGUCGUCGUCCCCGGCGCCGGCGGUUUACCCGUUCCGCGUCGGCGAUCCCGUGCUGGUGUCGACCUACUCCCGCCGGUACACCGCCUUCUUCUACUGUAACGCCGCAGCCUUCGUGGCGUCGCUGGUGAUCAUCAUGUUCCUCCUGGACCGGCGCCUCAGCGACAACCGCGUCGGCCUCACCGUGCUCCGCUCCGCCAUGCUGCUCGACCUGCUGGGUCUCAUGGCCGCCUUCGCCGCCGGGGCCUGCCGCAGCAUUUCUGGCUCCAUCUAUGUCUCGGCGCUCUUCGCCAUCGUCUUCGUCUACGUCGCCAUCCACCUCCGUGUGGCCUCAAGGAAGAAAGCGCCGGCCGCUAACGCGGAGGAGAAGAGGCGCCUCAAGGAGCAGCGCAAGUUUCUGCUUCUGCUGGCCACCUUUGCGACGCCGCUGGCGUACGGCGCUGGGCUGGUGCCGCCGGGAGGCUUCUGGAGUGAGACCCAGGAUGCUCACCGCGCCGGCGCCCCGCUGCUCCACGACGGUCCGUACAAGAUCCGCUACCACAUAUUCUUCUACGCCAAUGCCAACUCCUUCGUGGCGUCCCUCGCCAUCAUCAUGCUGCUGAUGAGCAGGACGCUAAGCGACCGUCUUGUCCGGUCAUACGCUUUGCUUGUUUGUGUCCUGGUGGAGCUGGUCGGCCUCAUGACCGCCUACGCCGUCGGGAGCUGCAGAUGGAUCCCCACCACCGUGUACAUCGUCUCCCUCGUCGGCGCCGUGCUCCUCUACAUUGUGUUGGUGUCAGCGUUCGGCCUAGACGCGAUCGAGGAAUGGCGUAAGAAACUUGUUGCCAGUGUUGGGCUUGGGCCAAAGAGUGCAGGGACUGGGAGGACAAUCAAGAUCGGUAAUGGGGAAGAAGUUGAAGCGAGGACGAUCAACAUCCAAGAAAAGCUGGAGCAGACGCGGUCGCUUGUGCUGCUGCUGGCGUCGCUGGCGGCGACGGUGACCUACCAGGCAGGCCUGAGCCCGCCGGGCGGCGUCUGGCCCCAAGGUCAUCUGAAACACAUCGCGGGGAACCCGGUCCUCCACGACAUGCACCCCAAGAGGUACGUGGCCUUCUACCACUGCAACACGGUGGCGUUCGUGGCGUCGGUGGUCGUCAUCAUCAUUGUCCAGAGCAAGGUGCUGAGCACCGUCUGGGGUGCCAUGCUCCUCAAGGCUGCCAUGAUACUGGACCUGUUCGGCCUCAUGGGAGCCUAUGUCGCCGGGAGCUGCCGGGACACCACCACCACCAUCUUCGUCGCCGCCCUGGCUGUAGCCGUCUUCAUCUACACCAUGGCCAAGGUGGUGGGCAAGCAGAGCUGGUUGGCACGGCGGGUGCAACGCAUGCUUGCUGCAUUGCUGCCCCCUGAGUUGCCCCGGCAAGGAGGAGGAGAAUCACCUCAUGUUAUCCAGCUCCCCGACGAGCCUUCCCAUCAAGGAGGGGAAGCACCUCGAGAAGCUUUGCAUGUCACCAACCAUCCCGACGAGCCUUCCCUGCAAGGAGGGGAAGCACCUCGAGAAGCUUUGCAUGUCAUCAAGCAUCCCGACGAGUCAUGCCGGCAAGGAGAAGGUGCUCAAGCAGCGUCGCAUGUUGUGCUCCUUGGCGGCGAGUCGUCUCGGCAAGGAGGAGAAGAAGCAACUCAAGGAGCGGCACAAGUUCCUUCAUCCGGAUCCGAUGGUAUUCUUGAAGAAAAAAAGCUCGAGAGGAAGCGCAAGUUCUUGCUGCAACUCGCCAUCCUCGCCGCCACCGUCACGUAUCAGACAGGGCUGAACCCGCCGGGUGGGUUCUGGACGGAGAGCAACGGGGACAGGUUGGUCACCGCCGGCGACCCAAUCCUCCUCGACCACUACGGGGUAAGGUACCAGGUGUUCUUCUACUGCAACGCCACAGGGUUCAUGGCGUCCGUCACCGUCAUUCUCCUCCUGGUGAACCAGACGUUGUCCAAGCCGGGCAUCCGGAGCAAGGCACUCCACGUAUGCGUCAUUGUCGGGCUGCUGGGCCUCAUGGGCGCCUACGCCGCAGGCAGCUGCCGGAAGCUGCGCACCUCCGUCUAUGUCUUUGCGCUCGUGGCGGCCGUGGUGGCCUUCCUCGUUCUGGAGAUCCUACUUCAUUGGCUCGGCCGCAAGGGUUGGUCGGAGUGCCUUCCUGAGCGCCUGAAGAGGUUGUUCUCGCCGCUGUCAACCGGGCCGGGCGGCGGCGACAAGAGCGAGGAGGCGGUCUCCACCGUGGAUAAACUCGAGAGCGAGAAGUACGAGAACCGAAAGUACCUGAUGGUGCUCGGCAUCCUUGCCGCCAGCGUCACGUACCAAGCGGGUCUCGCGCCUCCCGGCGGCACGUGGGGGGACGACGACACCGCGCUGGCGCCGUCGCCAUUGCCAUCCCCAUCGGCACACCCGCCCACCGUCGCCGGCAACCCGAUCCUACUCGACUUCAACGCCGCGCGGUACCAGGCAUUCUUCUACUGCAACGCAACGUCGUUCGUGGCCUCCGUCGUCGUCAUCCUGCUACUUCUGCAGCGCACCACCAAGAAGCAGCAGCCCGGCGUGCCGCUGCGGGCGUUGCAGACCGCCGUGGUCUUGGAUCUGCUCGGCCUGCUGGGUGCGUACGCCGCCGGCAGCUGCAGGGACUGGGAGACGUCUUCAUACGUCAUCGCACUCGUCGCCGCUGUGGUCGUCUUCACCAUGAUCUACGUCCUGUUGUCGUUCAACGUCGUGCGGGCCAAGGCCGAGAAGCUCACGGUGUGGAAAUACUUUUCUGGAAAGGGGUUGAAAUACUCGCUAGCACGAAAUGAUCAUGAUCAGCAUGCUACAAAUGGUGUGUAAUUAGUUAAUUAUAGUAUUAUUGUGCUUUUUUUAGGAUAAUUCUUCUUUUUUUACAUUCCCUUAAUUUGUAGGUUUUUUUUAGAUUAUUACCUUGAAUUAAUUGCAGCUCUUUUUCGGAGUACGUUUUCAUUCACGAAAAAACAAACUACCUAUGUACGUUUUGAUUUAUUCAAUUCAGUUUUCAAUUGAUAGUUG